AUGGCGCCCAGUGAUGUCAGAGACUUACAGCUCACUUUUCUACCCGCCGGCCGGAAAAUGUCCGCCACCGAUGAUUUCGAUGACUUGGAAGACGCACGGCUCCUUGACUUUCGCGACGGGAUUGACGACGAGAGAAGAAGAAUUCAGGUGAGAAUCUCCGGCAUGACAUGCACCGCUUGCUCCAAUUCCAUCGAAUCAGCUCUGAAAGCGGUUGACGGAGUUCUCAGUGCUUCGGUUGCUCUACUGCAGAACAAAGCAGACGUGGUUUUCAACCCUGCUCUACUUAAGGAUGAAGACAUUAAAAAUGUAAUUGAAGAUGCAGGGUUUGAAGCAGACAUAUUACCCGAAUCCAGUGGAUUUGGAAAUACUCCACAUGAAACCCUGGUUGGACAGUUCACAAUUAGAGGUAUGACAUGUGCAGCCUGUGUAAAUUCUGUUGAAGGUAUUUUAACAAAUCUUCCAGGGGUUAAAAGGGCCGUGGUAGCUUUGGCUACUUCAUUAGGCGAAGUCGAAUAUGAUCCAAGUGUUAUUAGUAAAGAUGAUAUAGUCAAUGCAAUCGAAGAUUCUGGCUUUGAAGCUGCAUUUGUACAGAGCAAUGAGCAGGAUAAAAUAGUUUUUGGAGUUGUUGGUGCCUCCAGUCUAAUAGACGCACAAUUUAUAGAAGACAUGCUUAGUAACAUGAAAGGAGUAAGGCAGUUUCGUUUUGACUGGAUGUCCGGUGAAUUAGAUGUUCUGUUCGAUCCUCAAGUUCUCAGUUCAAGGUCCUUAGUUGAUGAGAUCCACGGGGAAAGCAAUGGAAAGUUUGAAUUAUAUGUUAAAAGCCCUUAUGCAAGGAUGGCCUCUAAAGAUGUUGAAGAAACUUCAACUAUAUUUCGUGUCUUUAUCUCCAGCCUGUUACUUAGUGUUCCUCUCUUCUUCAUGAAGGUAGUUUGUCCUCAUAUUCCGUUUAUGUAUUCCUUGUUACUUCGGCGACGUGGGCCUUUUCUCAUAGGUGAUUGGGUGAAAUGGGCAUUGGUGAGUGUCAUCCAAUUUGGAAUUGGGAAGCGCUUUUAUAUUGCAGCUGGAAGGGCUCUUAGAAAUGGUUCAACUAACAUGGAUGUCUUGAUUGUUGUGGGAACUACCACCUCUUACGUUUAUUCUGUUUAUGCUCUUCUAUAUGGCGCUCUUACUGGAUUUUGGUCCCCAACUUACUUCGAAACAAGUGCUAUGCUUAUAACAUUUGUUUUGUUGGGGAAGUAUUUGGAAGUCCUUGCUAAGGGAAAGACGUCUGAUGCCAUCAAGAAAUUAGUAGAACUUGCUCCUGCAACAGCUUUAUUAAUUAUUAAUGAUAAAGAUGGUAAGUCUUUUAAAGAAAGAGAAAUUGAUUCUUUGCUUGUUCAACCUGGUGACACAUUGAAAACUCUUCCUGGUACGAAGAUUCCUGCUGAUGGUAUUGUUACUUGGGGCUCAAGUUAUGUAAAUGAGAGCAUGGUAACUGGUGAAUCUGUACCUGUUUUGAAGGAGGUGAAUGCUCCUGUUAUUGGGGGUACAAUAAAUAUGCAUGGCAUCCUUCACAUUAAAGCUACCAAAGUAGGAUCCGAUACAGUUUUGAGCCAAAUAAUAAGUUUGGUUGAAACAGCGCAGAUGUCCAAAGCUCCCAUUCAGAAGUUUGCUGAUUAUGUAGCAAGCAUAUUUGUUCCGACCGUUGUUUCUUUGGCCUUAUUGACAUUUUUGGGUUGGUAUAUUGCUGGAGCCGUUGGGGCUUACCCAGAAGAAUGGCUGCCAGAAAAUGGAAAUCACUUUGUGUUUUCCCUAAUGUUCUCAAUAUCUGUAGUGGUGAUUGCAUGUCCCUGUGCACUUGGCUUAGCAACACCAACAGCUGUCAUGGUGGGAACAGGGGUUGGGGCAAACAAUGGUGUAUUAAUUAAAGGAGGAGAUGCCUUGGAAAGGGCUCAGAUGGUGAAGUAUGUGAUAUUUGAUAAAACAGGCACUCUAACUCAGGGAAAAGCCAGUGUUACUUCUGCCAAGGUAUUCACUGGAAUGCAACGAGGGGAAUUUCUUACAUUGGUGGCUUCUGCUGAGGCUAGCAGUGAACACCCACUAGCAAAAGCAGUAUUAGCAUAUGCACGCCAUUUUCAUUUCUUUGAUGAUUCUUCAGCUAUUACAGAGAAUGAUGUGAAGUCUGGGUGGCUUUUUGAUGUCACAGACUUCUCUGCUCUCCCAGGAAGAGGUGUUCAAUGCUCUAUAAACGGGAGGCAUAUUUUGGUUGGUAACAGGAUGUUGAUGGUGGAAAAUGAUAUUGAUAUUUCAAAAGAAGUGGAAAAUUUUGUUAUUGAGCUUGAACAAAAUGCGCAGACAGGGAUACUAGUAUCAUAUGAUAAUAUAUUGAUCGGAGCUUUGGGGGUUGCAGACCCACUAAAAAGAGAAGCUUCUGUGGUUAUAGAGGGCCUCCAGAAAAUGGGUAUCAUGCCUGUUAUGGUUACAGGAGAUAACUGGAGAACAGCUAAUGCUGUAGCCAAGGAGGUUGGCAUCCAAGAUGUAAGGGCAGAGGUGAUGCCUGCGGGAAAAGCCGACAUUGUUCGUUCAUUCCAAAAGGAUGGAAGCAUAGUUGCAAUGGUGGGCGAUGGUAUCAACGAUUCUCCAGCAUUAGCUGCUGCUGAUGUUGGCAUGGCAAUUGGGGCUGGAACUGAUGUUGCAAUAGAAGCUGCUAACUUCGUGUUGAUGAGAAAUAACUUGGAAGAUGUGAUCACAGCCAUCCAUCUUUCUCGGAAGACCUUUGAUCGUAUUAGAUUGAAUUACAUAUUCGCGAUGGCUUACAAUAUUGUUGCUAUACCAGUUGCAGCUGGGGUUUUAUAUCCUUCACUUGGUAUCAAGCUGCCACCAUGGGUUUCUGGUGCAUGCAUGGCUCUUUCUUCUGUAAGUGUUGUAUGCUCUUCUUUGCUUCUUAAAAGGUAUAGAAGACCCAUACUUACCACAGUUCCUGAAAUAGUUGUAGAAUAA